AUCAGUACAAAAAAAGAAGUCGAAGAUCGCAUUUAAUCUCGCACAAAUUACAAAGUUCGGUUUUUUCACAUCAUCAAAAUAUACAUAAUUAAAACAAAUACUACAAUUUGAAUAUAAAACUAUAUUUGGAGACCUGGCUAUCUUCCCAACUAUCUUAGCUCAGAAGGUAAUAUCAAUAAGGAGGAAUACAAUUGGCAAUUGUGGAAUUACCAAGAGGAAUUAUAAGAGGAUUUCGGAUUCCAGCAUAUGCUACCUGUCUUAAGCCAAGCAGAGGAUUGUGCUUCUCUAUUUACAAUAUUACUAUGAAGGGUCCUUCGUCUUCUCGUUAUUCGGAAUUUGCCUGCAGGUUGUGCCGCAAAAAACAUCCUCUGAAAUCGUGCUGGAAAUUUCGUGCCAUGAACUCCGCCGAAAGGUUAAAUGCGGUCAAGAAAUAUGGGUACUGUAUGAACUGCCUGGCGCAUACCCAUUCACAGGGCACCUGUUUUACCACCACAGGAUGUGGAUAUUGCCACAAAAAGCACCACUCCUUGUUACAUCAACACCCAAGGUUACAAAAGGCAAAAUCAUCCUCGACAAAAAAGACCAAUAAGACGGUUACCCCUCUUGAUAUCACCACCCCCAAGGACUCUUCAGCCACUACCGGCUCAAUACCGAGGUCAACAUCGACAUCCAGUAUUACCUCUUUGUCGGCACUUCUUAGGCAGAAUGCCACCCCUCUUCUUCCUACUGCAGUCGUCAAAAUCAACGGAGCAAAUGGCACACAGUUGGCAAGGUGUUUAUUGGAUUCCGCGGCCCCCAUGAGCUGCAUUUCAAAACGCUUCGUAGAUAAGCUGGGGUUGUCUACGCUCGAGUUGGAAGAUGAAGUUAUGUGCCCCGUCACCUUGACAUCCUGCGUCGAUUCCAAGACAAAAAUAGAGGCUAUAUUGCGAAUGAGGAACAGGAUUGGAAUUACAACUCCUAAGCAAUCGCUGCCCGAGUCUUCAAAACUCAGUUUCAAAAACUUCGUCCUAGCAGAUAGCAAAUUCUACAAGGCAGCUUCUGUUGAUAUCGUCAUUGGGGUUGACAUAUAUUCCAAAAUUAUAGUCGACGGCAUCUUUAUUCGCCAUGGACUUCCUACAGCUCAAAAUACCCUUUUCGGAUUAGUGCUAUAUGGAACAUUUUCAAAUUAAUACAAAUAAUUGUACUCUCUUCCACCACUUUUAUUCUGAAUUUACGAUACCUUUUUUUUUAAAUACUAAUAUGCCAAUUGAAAUCACUUGAAAAGACAUAUUGUAUUAUGAUAUAAUAAGUUAUGCAUUAAGUCAUUUAGUCAUAUGAAUUUAGUCCUAAAUGAAUUGAUUAUAUAAUUGUCAUGUCCCCUUGCCAUGGGGGGCGGAAUGUUUACGUCAAAACGUAAACCAUUUUCACUUUCUUAAAUUGUAUCUUAAAUAUGAAUAGCACCAUUGUUAGUGUACUAUCCAUUCGAACUGUUAUCGAAGUUAAGAUAAAUAUGCUAUGUUUUUCCUUUUCCCAUUUCCAUACUUUCUUUUAUCGGCCUUCUCUAAUGGCCAUAUUGGGAGUCUAAUUUCCGCAUUAUCUUGGAUUCUAUUCUAAUUCGACUCUUGAACCUUACAGUCCAAAUCCAGUUCAAUCCUAAUAAAAAGAAUUCUAAAAGAACUAA